AUGACCAAAGGUUGUUAUACAUGCCGUCGCCGUCGCAUCAUUUGCGACAAUGGCCAGCCUACCUGUCGGAAAUGCCGAGAUGCGGGGAAAGAAUGUUUGGGUUACCAAAAACCAUUGGUGUGGGUCAAGGGUGGUGUGGCUAGUCGGGGCAAAAUGAUGGGUCGGAGCUUCGACGAUGUUAAGACGCCAGCCAGUGCUUCCAACAGUCGGAAUUCGCCCGUUUCAAACGAACCGAAUGUCAAUCUGGGAUUAUUCCCUACGGAGCCGUCCGAUACUGAAUCUUCACCAAACUCGGCGGCCCAGGCCAGCCCUGAAACAGAUUGGAUUCAAGAAGUAUUAGAUGCAGGGAAUUUUGAUGAUGUCUUUGGACUUCCAGAAGGGGGCUUCUUGGAGUCAAAUCCACCGGAGUUGCCCGAAACUGCAGUGGUUCAUGCUCCGCAGAACGGAUUCAUCCAAUAUAUUCCAGCUCCGUGGGGGAUGGUUGAUCCUUUGUUAAAGGAUUUCAAUCCGGUGUGUAGAAUGUAUCUCAAACACUACCAUGAAUAUAUGACGAACGACUUUUUGGUCUAUCCACAGCUGAAGAAUCCCUACCGGGAUAUGCUCGCUUUAGUUGGAAACUCACCCCUUAUGGCAAAUGUAUUGUCUGCGAUGGGAGCUCUACACUACUCUCUGAUCUCCAACUCUGACUCGUCUAUGAUGCCUUGGUCAACCCAAAAUCCCUUGUCCACCAAUUCUCUCUUAUCGUCAGAAGAUAUCGAGAACAUGAUUAUCCCAACAAGCUCUCGGCAAACAACUUCAAAAGCUUACCACCAUUUCCUGGAAUACAAGCAACGCACGCUCAAACAGUUAUCCAAAGACCUUUCCAACCCGGCCAAGCAAAAUGCUGAUAUUACUCUCGCGGCUGUCGUCAUCCUCGCUCUUCUGGAUCUAUUCGAGUCCGGCAGCGGGGCAUGGAGCUACCACAUCGAAGGAGCAAAGAAAAUCAUGAGGAGUCGACCCGAGAGCCAAAUUGGUCAAGGCAUUCUCCAGGGACUCGAAACAGUCGCUAUUGAUGGAUGCUUAAUCAUGGAAAUCAUGGGAUCUACGCUCGCAAGACCCGGCGCUCUCUCCAAACCCUUCUACUCCCAAGCAAUGGGCCCAGAAAUGCUCAAGCGUCUCGAAGAAACAUCUUGGGUCGGCUGCCCCGCCUACCUUCUUGAAGUCAUUUUCUAUGUCCACACACUCUGGUACCAAGACUCCGAGUUAGCACCCUCAGCCCCCCAACCAUCCACCCUCGGGGUCUCCAUGCAGGAAGGCCAACCACUCUCCCGGGAAUCCUUCGCCCAGCUCCUCCAAGGAAUUCGUACCUUCGACCCAGUCUCCUGGGCCCAAGAAAUGCAGACUUACUUCUUCCUUGACGAUAUCUCCCCCCGCAUCGCCCUCGCAAGCGCCUACCAAGCCGCUGUCUACCUCUACACCAGCCGCGUCCUCUCAAAAACCAGGGAAGGCUACACAGCCCCAUGGCUCGAAACUAAUCUCCCCUCCGAUCACUCUCAAAUCGCACACGACCUCAUUACCCGCAUUUGUUCCGUCCCUACCUCAGAUCCCCACUUCAAAUGCCUUAUCUGGCCCUCUUUCAUCGCAGGCGCAGAAUGUCGCCGUCUAUCGCAGCGCUCGCUUGUUCUGGAAAAACUGGGCGCUCUCUACCAGGCUGUGACGAGUGUUAAUGUCCGUAAUGCGGCGUGGGUGCUUAGGCUCAUGUGGCAAAAACAAGAUCUCAAGCGCCGGGAGCGGGAGAAUGUUCCUUAUGGCCUUGUUGAUGGACUGUUGCCGAAGGACGCUUUUCAGGAUAAUGAAGAUGAAACAUUUGAUUCUUCUUUUGAUUGGGUGGAUGAGUUGGACGCAUCCCGGCUUGACUGGUUGUUUAUAUAA